GCACUGCCAUAGAGUUACCGUAAAGCGCUCCUGGAAAGGAGACCUUCCUCCGGCAAGAUGGCGCAGACGGUGAAUAUUACCGACCUCUCUCUGCAGCAGUUGGAGGGGUUGAAAAGCCAGUUGGACCAGGAAGUGGAGUUCUUGUCUUCGUCCAUCGCUCAGUUAAAAGUGGUACAGACCAAGUAUGUGGAAGCCAAGGAGUGUCUGAAUGUGUUGAAUAAGAACAAUGAAGGAAAAGCCAUACUUGUUCCUCUGACAAACUCUAUGUAUGUGCCCGGAACUCUGAAUGAUGUGGCAAAGGUGCUGAUAGAUGUGGGCACCGGAUAUUAUGUGGAAAAGACUGUAAAUGAUGCCAAAGAUUUCUUCAAAAGGAAGAUAGAUUUUCUUACAAAGCAAAUUGAGAAGAUUCAGCCAGCUCUGCAAGAGAAGCAUUCAAUGAAGCAAGCUGUCAUCGAAAUGAUGAGCAUAAAAAUCCAACAGCUAACAGCAGCUCAAGCUGGGACAUCCAAGGCUUAAGUCAAGCUCCGAAAAUGCUUCUCCUUAGAACUUCUCUGUGCAGAGCAGCAACGGCUCACUGCAUUUGAGGAGUGAAGGCUGAUUACUGAUAGCACUGGCCUAAUCUGUCAAUGCAGUAAAAAAACCUUUCUGCUACAGGCAUCAGCCAAGUGGUUAAUCACAAACUACAGCUUCCUCAACAAAGGAGUUAACUUAUUAUGUUCUUUUUGUCAUGUUAUUUUUUUAUUCCAAACAUAAAAAGCAUUGAAAUUAAA